GGGACUAGUUGUUUAUAAAAAACGUGCGUUUGCUGUAGUAGAUAGAUGGCGUACGAAAAUAUGUCAGAUGGAGCCACAUGUACACCCAGGAAAAUUUAAUGCACGAAUGGGAAAACCAAAAAGUUUUUCAACUGCAAAACGAAAGAAAAAUACAGUUGAUGUUUAGAAUUAUGAAAAGAAUGAUUAAACAAAUGUUCGACAUAUAUUGAUAGUGCAUUAAUCAUAUUGAGAAUAAAUUGCUCCUACAUGUUAAAAGCUUCGAAAUCCUGGAAGGUCAAGUUUAGAAGAGAAAUUAUGAACAAGUGAGAAAAGGGAGGUAAGCCUGUUCUAGAGUUGAUGAUAAUUAAUAAAUCUCUAGGAAUUUAUCACCUGUUGCUAUCAAUGCUAUAUUUUGCAGUAAGGUUGUUCGAACGGUGCGGAAAAAUGUUUAUUUAUAUCUCCUGGUAUCGUACCAAACAAGUCGUUUGUCUCGUGUGUUGUAGAAUAGACUGCUUGUGAACAUUACUCCCAGGUUGUAUAAUGUUCGAAUUUUCUGAUAAGAGGCUUCCAAUAUCACUCUAGCCUUAUCUAACACAUUUUGGAAAAGAAAUCAUAAUUGAAAAAUAUUUAUGGAGUUAUAUAAGAUUUCGGUCUCGCAAAGCCUUACUUUUUAUAUUCUCGUUUCUAAUUCGUAAGAAAACAAACUUAACGAAUAACAAACUACCUGGAAAUUGACAAUAUUUUGGCAAACGGGAACGAAGGUUGAGAGCGCGAAAAUGCAGCUGUUCCCAACCGACCAAAUGCACCACUUUGCAAAUGGCAUGAUUCCGUCUGGAUAUCUGUUCUUUUUAGCGCUUCGUUUGCGCUUCGCGCUAAGAACCGUUUCGGUUUGCCGACGGAAAGGUCGAACUAUUUUCCGGUUAGCCGGCACUACUUAUGUCAAGACAAACUCAGCGACCCUUCAUAGUUUGGUUCGUUUAUCGUAACUAGACGCCAUAACAAUAACAGGAGACAGAGAGAACCUUAUUAUAUCAAGAUAAGACCGGAAAUAAGAGGCAUACCACAAUGAUUAUCGACAGGGACAAACAAGGCGGAGCUUAAAAAAUUAGCCAAUCAGACUCUCGGCCAAUCAGCAAAGAGUCUUGGGAGAAAAGGAAAAUCGUUGUAUAUAAGUUAGUAAAAACACGUAAAAGUUUAUAAACUUUGUGAGCGGCUCAUCACACGGUGAUUUAUAGACAUUCAACUCUUGUUUAGACAAACAUAAUGGAUACUCUGCUACUUCCCUCUUACAAAGGCGAAUCGCAAUCGGAAUUUAGGUCCUCAGACCCCAAGGCCGAUGGAAAUGAAGAGGAAACUUGUCGGUCAAAAGCACCAGAAAAAGACUACUCGGAUCCUAACUGCAAGCCUCCCUACUCAUAUGUUGCACUAAUCGCUAUGGCAAUUAAGGAAAGUGUUGAAAAGCGUUUAACUCUAUCCGGUAUUUAUAAGUAUAUUGUGGAAAAGUUUCCAUAUUAUGAAAAAAACAAGAAGGGCUGGCAAAACAGUAUAAGGCAUAAUCUUAGUUUAAACGAAUGCUUUAUUAAAGUACCCCGAGAAGGAGGCGGGGAAAGAAAAGGCAACUUCUGGACUUUAGAUCCCGCUUUUGAUGAUAUGUUCGAAAAAGGUAACUAUAGAAGGCGUCGAAGAAUGAAACGGCCUUAUAGACCAACUGUUGGGGGCUUUACAACCAAGUCAUCUUUUGGUUUCGACCAAUUCUCACCGCUCCUCCAUAAACCUCCUCCAACAGCUAACUAUUCACCAUAUUGUAGUCCGACAACUCCUACUUAUCCUCCGUGGGGCUAUUGCGCAUCAACGUUCGGCCAUCAAGCAUACAGUUGUCAACGUAUGGCUCCGCCUACCUCCUAUUAUUCUCCGGCGUCGACACCGCCCACAUUCGGUUGCCGUCAAAUGACAGACGUCUCGUCCUAUUCGACGCCGUAUGCCAGUUGGACUAACGAUAGGCAAACGUUGUAAAUGAGAUAAGGAUUCCUCCAUUCUCUCUCUCUCUCUUUUUUUCUCACACACACAAACUCUCUCUCUCUCUCUAUCUAUCUAUCUAUUUCUCUCUUUCUCUAUAUCUAUCUUUAGCUAACCAUCUAUCUCUUCACAACGCGUAUUCCAUGGAACGAGCUUCGAGAAUCCCCGUUUGGUCGGCGUUCAUACUAGUAAAAACAAGAAGAGGAAAGAAGAAAGAAAGAACCUGCCAUUUUUAACUUUCUUUUUAUUUCUUCUUUUGACAAAAUUAUGAUAUGUUUUUUUUUAAUAAAGAAAUUUAAA